GGCAGCGGGUGCCGCCGCGAAGAGAGUAGGAAGGAGGGCAGGCCGUGCCUAGCCUCCAGGGGUGAACGCGGAGGCGAGUGGGGAGUUCAGCAACCCAGCUCGAUCUCUUGGGGCUCUGGCUACGCGGUCCGGCCCGGCUCCCCAGCCAUGUUAUCGUGGGGAGCAGCGAACGGGUGGGCUCUGCGCGGGGCGGCGCGGGCGGGCGUGCAGCGGCGGCCGCCACCCUUCCGCGGGCUCCGCUCCUCUCCGCGGACGCGGUCUGCCAUGCCCUCCUGGGUCAUAGACCGGUACGGCCGCAACGACGUGCUGCGCUUCACCAGGAACAUGGUAUUCCCCAUCAUACACUUCCCGAACGAGGUCAUCAUUAAGGUUCACGCUGCGAGCCUGAACCCCAUCGACCUUAGCAUGAGAAGUGGUUAUGGUGCAACUGCAUUAAAUAUGAAGCGGGAUCCCCUGAAACUCAAAAGCGAGGACACUGAAUUUCCACUGACACUUGGUCGAGAUGUCUCAGGUGUUAUUAUGGAAUGUGGACUGGCUGUAUCUUAUUUCAAACCUGGAGAUGAGGUGUGGGCAGCAAUUCCCCCCUGGAAACAGGGCACACUGUCAGAGUUUGUGGUUGCUAAUGGAAAUGAGGUGUCUUUUAAGCCAAAGUGUCUCAGUCAUAUAGAAGCUGCCUCCUUACCAUAUGUAGGUCUCACAGCGUGGUCUGCUGUUAACCAGGUUGGAGGACUGAACCAAAGUAAUUGUGGUGGGAAAAGAGUAUUAAUAUUAGGAGCUUCAGGAGGAGUUGGUACAUUUGCUGUACAGCUAGUGAAGGCCUGGGGUGCUCACGUGACAGCAGUUUGUUCUCAUGAUGCCAGCACACUGGUGAAAAAACUCGGAGCAGAUGAUGUGAUUGAUUACAAAUCUGGAAAUCUGGAAGAGCAGCUUAAAACGUUACCCUUAUUUGAUUUCAUCCUAGAUAAUGUUGGUGGGUCCACUGAGAAGUGGGCUCUAGAUCUCCUGAAGAAAUGGUCAGGAGCAACAUACGUUACCUUAGUAACACCUUUCCUGAUCAAUAUGGACAGACUUGGAGUGGCUGAUGGCAUGUUACAAACGGGAUUCACUGUUGGUUCCAAAACUGUAAAGCAUCUCUUAAAAGGAGUCCAUUAUCGGUGGGCAUUUUUUAUGGCAAGUGGCCCAAAUUUGGAUGAAAUUGCAGAACUAGUUGAUUCUGGAAAGAUUCAGCCAGUUAUUGAUGAAGUCUUCUCUUUUUCUGAAGUUCCAAAGGCCUUUCAGAAAUUGGAAGGAGGACAUGCACGUGGAAAAACAGUGAUCAAUGUAAUUAGUAAAAAAUAAAGUAUCUCUAAUCAUUA